AUGUCCUUCCUCCAAACCCUCCUCCAGUCUUUGCGGGACAACAUUGCCGUUCUUGAACAUGAAGUCCAACAACAUGACCUAGGAAAGCCCCAAGUAUGGGACUCAGAAACUUCUGCAAAGCUCGACGACCCUGAACAUCUAAUCUCUUGGCAAGCAUUUGAGGCCAUUGAGAAGAUCCGCGUAGACGUUCGCGCUCUCGAUGCAGCAGUUACACCAAACCACAUCAAGCUGCUUGAGAUGGGCCUGCAGCCAGCACGGACGAGUGCACUUAAUGUAGCAGUGUCCCUUGGUAUUACAGAUGCAAUCAAAGAUCUUGGAGGCAAUGCGAAGCUUGCAGAUUUAGCUAGCCGGCUGAAUGUCAAUGAGCAGAAACUAGGAAGGGUCUUGAAGACAUUGGCUACUGAGUAUAUCUACCAAGAAAAGCAGCCAGGUGUUUUCAGCAAUACCCGACAUAGUAGGACUCUCGAAAAGGAAGGCAGUGCUGCUCAAUUCUUGUCCCUCUUGCAUAAUCCGGAGCUUCAUUGGACCUUUCAGGACCUUCAGCCCGCCAUCGAGAGCUUGAAGACCAACCUGCCCGAGGAUAUUGCAUCAAGAGCUGCCGAAGGGAAAGUCGAAUGUGUUGUACAGGAUUACUUCGAAGACAACGCAGCAGAGGGCGACGUAUGGUACCUCAGAGGAGUUCUACGCGAGUAUGAUGACGAAGACGCUAUCAAGAUACUUACCAAAGUUGCGAACUCCAUGAGAAAGACUCCGGACUCACGGAUGGUGAUCAACGAGAUCUGGAACUCGAGUCCAUUCAUCGUCAGCAAUCAUGAUGCGGCCCCGUCUACUCUGACACCUCGCAACCAGUCGAGGCUUCCGGAUCUUGCCAACUUGAUGACAUGGAACACUUUGCUCUUUUUCGGCGGGAAGGAGAGAUCAGUGCCAGAGCUCGAGUCCAUCCUUGGGAAGGCAGGUCUGAGAAUAAGCCGGUUCUUCCAGUUCCGCACAAUCACUACCAUGGUGGAGUGCUCGCUAGCCUAA